CACAAAAUCUUUCUUCUUUAAUGUGCUUUCUGAAAACUGCUAUUGGGAAAAAAAAGCUUAUUUAACUUUUCUUGUUCACUUCUUAUUUUUCAGAGUAUAUGGGGAAAAAAUCCUUAGGACUGUUGAAAAAUUGCAAGUGACAUGAUAAUUUGGCCAGUGCCUCAGAAUGAUGGAUUGCCAGAAGAUUGGAAAUGGUUUGCAAGUGACUGGUAUAGGGGCAUCUGCACUCCACAUGGUGGGGUAUUUGGGAAAAGUCAGUUCAGUUCUCUUUCACAUUGUGCAAAGUUCUCUUUUUUCAUUCCUCCUCAAAUUUGAGAGAGUUUUUAAUUUCUAUUGGCCUAAUUUAUAUGACCUUUCACAAAAAAAUUGUAAAAUUCAUUUUUCCACGGAAAUCUUACUGAAAUGGCGAAAGAUUUACUUUCAAAUGUUGUUACCUAUUCCCCAAAAGUUUAUGAACACAUUUGAGCUAUUGCUGGUUAUAUUUUCACGGUCAGACUGAUGGUAAAGGCUAUUUUGUUCACUGCAUAUAGCCCGAACAGUCAGUAUAAAAGCCAAGUUAUGUAUAGUAUUGUUUGCUCUCAUCUGUAUUUGAUUUGUUAUGUUUCACUGCUGUCAGAUUUAACUCUGAAACACAUAAAUGCUAUGAAAGUCAUUUUACCAUGUUUUAAUAUUUGGCCUCUCAAGAAUAACACUUUUGUUGUUUGUUUUACAUCACUUCAGGGCUGCAAUUCUGCAGAAGUAACUCCCGGUGGAAGUUGCCCAGCUUGCAAAAAGAAGGGUCUCAUACGAGGUCUAAGAAUAUAUCGCAUCAGUUUUGAAGAAUCCAUUUUCUUGUGUGAAAAUCCACAGUGCAUCUUCCCUCUGGGAUUUGAACCACUAAGCAGCAUUAUAAUUCCUACUGAUAAAAAGGAUUCUCCAUCUCAGGGCACUUGUAGGAAAAGAAAGUCACCUGACACAAGCCUGGUAACCUCUGCUGUUCCCCAGCACUUAAAAUUGACGAGGACUGAUAACUUGAUAGAAAAUGAGAAGGCAUUCAAACCUGAUCUUGCUCCCAAGUGCAAUGGAGAUAAUCUGUAUGGGACUCGGUCAGGGCAGCCUGACUUUCCAGAAGCCAUUCAGCCGAACUUUAAUAGUGCAGCAGAAUCCAUGGAGCAGCAAAUGGGCAUGAAAAUGGCAGCUCAAGGAAGUUCACCGGAAAUUUUCAGUGUUCAGGCACAGUUUUCGUCAGAUCCUGAAAUUGGUUCAUCAUUGUCUCAAAUUCUGCAUCAAGACAAACCAUCUCGGCCAGAGCCAUUGUGGCUUCAGUGGAGGAAUGUGUACGCUCUCUGCUGGUUAGAUUGCAUUCUGUCAGUCCUAGUGCAUUUAGAAACACUAAAAAUGAUUCUGAGUGGAUCAGUCUUGGAAAAUGUAUCUGUAAUCCAGAGCCUAUUUGCAAAAUAUAACGAAGCAACUGCACUUGUGAAUACUUGCCAACGGGGUGAAUGUGUUUCGGAAGUUCCUUUGGAUGUUCUUUCAAGAGCUGAAUCACACUUGAAUGAAAUCAGAAAUACAAUUUUUGUCCAGCUUCAGCCACAGCUUAAAUGUAAAUUAGGUAACAAGGAGAGUCCGGUGUUUGCAUUUCCUCUACUUUUAAAGAAUGAUCCUCAAAUUGAAAAACUGUUCCUCCACUCUUAUUCAUGGAAGUUCAAAUGCUCACAGUGUGGCUACCAAGUCAGUGACAGGUGUCGGAAGACGUUGACAACAUUUACAAAUAUCAUCCCAGAAUGGCACCCGCUGAAAGCUGUUCAUACUGGUCCCUGUAAUAACUGUCAUCACACAUCUCAAAGAAGAGAAAUGGUUUUAGAAAAUGUUUCCUCGGUACUUAUGAUGCACUUUGUGGAAGGCUUGCCACGUAAUGAUCUGGAGACCUACUCAUUUCAGUUUCAAGGCGAUUCCUACCAAGUAACAGCUCUUGUUCAGUAUCAGGAGGAGGCAAAACACUUCAUAACAUGGAUCUCGGAUUCAGAUGAAACAUGGCUUGAGUGUGAUGACUUAAAGGGUUCGUACUCUAGAAGACACAAGAUCUUUGGCGUUCCCCCUUCAGAGAUUCACAUCGUCAUCUGGGAAAGAAAACCGCCACGAUUGACAAAUGGUCUGGAUUCACAGCUAGAAAGUGAAAUGGCUACGAAUGUUCCUUUGCUAAAAGCACAGCCAAAUUCUCCAUUUAAAUAUGCUGAUGGCAAGGCUGCCAGCAACACACCUUUAAUUCAUCACACUGACGAUAACUUGAAUGCACACACAAAUGAGACACAAAACUUGAUUGCGAAUAACAAAAGUGAUUUGCUUUGCGGCUUGGAAAACCUGGCCAAUGAUGAUGUUGUAACUUUGACUCUUGUACGAGUUCCACUUGACUCUGAAGGUAAACCACUGGGUGGAAGCCCUGCAGUGGAAAAUAACAUGACAGUCAGAACAGACACGUCGCAGCUGCAUGAUGCAGGUGAAGUUAAAGUUUCUCCAACUACUUCCGAAAGAGAUGUUGCUGGGAAGGAGUGUAAGUUACUUGGAAAUGCCAGUACUCCCUUGCAUCAAGGGCAGCCAAACAAUGCAAGUAACAUGCUUAUAACCCCAGUCGUUGCUCUGAGCAAUAGCCAUUAUUCACCAGAAAUGCUACCAGUUCAAGGGGCAGAACCUGAAGUUCCGAUCAAAGAUAGCAGCAGUUUGGACACAGCAAAUCAAGAAAACAAAAGCAGCAGAACAAAAGCAGGGAAUAAUGUACAGAUAACACAUAAUACUGUAGAACACUGGAGAGUAGCAACAGCAAAUUCCCAGGCUAGUGCUGCAUCUUCCCCAAGUAGUUCUUCUCACUCGGCCCCUAAAAACGGAACGAAGUCGUUCACAGGCAGUUGGGUAAAGGGCUUACUUGAAAGAUGUCAUCCUCUCAUGCCCAAAAGUUUAUCAACCUAUAAUAACACUGAGAUCUGUAAAAAGCCCAUUAAAAAAGAAACUCGCUGCACUUCACUUCGUAGGAAGGCAAGCCACUUUCAUGGUUUCCAAGCAAAACAUUCAAAAAGCCAAAGGGAGAAGAUAACUGAGAGGGCAUUAGAUUCUUCUAAUAAGGCUCCUCCUCAAUCUUCACCUACUCUUUUUGCAAGACCCCCUAUAGAAAAGCAUCACAUUGUUGGAAGCAAAAGAACUGUGGUGGAGAGGGCUGGCUCACUGGCUUUGGGUAACCAGAUUGGGCCUAAACAGAGCCACAGUAAAACUAAAAGCUUUACAUCGGCUGAGAAUCUUGAAGAGUCAAGUGUUACAAUAGCACACCGACUGCGCCUACAACUUCAACAGCAGCUGAAAGCUAAGAAGGAGAAACUGGCUUCGCUAGAUAAGGCGGCGAAGGCUCAGGUGCGAAACAGGCGCUCUCCCAAGAAAAGGAUGAAGGAUCAGCCACAGCUUCAAUCCCAGAAAGAAAGUGACUCCCUGCAGAGCUUGUUAAAUGCCCUGCAGCACCAAAUUGAUGUUGAAGAUAGUAAGUCUCUGAAUUCUCUAAGCACCAGUACAUCCCAGUGUAGCAGUUCAAGUUUUGAUGACAUUUUAUCUGAGCUGUUGUCUCCCACUACAUCUGUUGCUUCCUUGGAACUUCCACAAGAAGAAGAAUGUGGAUAUGGUGCACAGGGAACAAACCAUGACCAUAAUUAUCAUAGUCCAGUAAAGGAAAAUGGAUAUGAGGACCAUACAGACCUGUCACUUAAAUCAUCCCCCAAGAAACUCGACUUCAAAAGUCCAACAAAACAAUUUAGUCUAGAAGAACUGUUGCCUAGUUCGAUGCUGAAUUCAAUAAUGGCUGACACUCAAGACUUGUAUCACUUUGAUGAAACUCUCUUAGCAUGGUGAAUUGUGUUUUAACAAUUUCACAUGUUUAUGUUAGAUGGCUUUAAAGCAAAGCAUAACUUGUGUUUCAAGCUAAUUUUGCACAUGGAGGUUCUUUGGAUUUUUUAAAAUGUGAAAGUUUUUUUUACUAUGAGGUUGGUUUAUUAUCACUAUUAAUAAUAAAUUAAGACAAGCUGGAAGA